AUGAACACUACCGCAAGUUCCGUCGUUGCCGCCACGAGCUCCGUCGUCGCAGCGACAGAUCCAACAGCUUUGCUCAACACUCAACUUUCCUCUGCUUUGAGCACUCUUGGAGAUGCCCAGUUUUGGGAAGAGACAAUCAGUCCGGCGACGGUUCGCAAUGAGCUCAGCACAACGGACCCUUCCAAUCCAAAUUCAACUCCAACGUUGCAACGGGGUAUGAAAUGGUUGCUAGCAAGCAUUUCCAAAGGACGUGAUGUCUCGGAUUUUUAUCCUCAUGUUGUCAAACUAGUGGGGGCCACAAGUCUCGAAGUGCGAAAGAUGGUAUUUAUGUACCUCGUCCAGUACGCCGAUCAUGAUGCAACUACAAGGGAGCUUUCACUUUUAAGCAUUAACUCCUUUCAAAGAGGUCUCGCAGAUCACGAACAGCUUAUUCGUGGCCUCGCGUUGAGAGUUCUGAGUUCCAUUCGGAUCCAGGACAUUUUGCAAAUCCAAAUACUGGGUGUGCAAAAGUGUGCUAAAGAUUCAUCUCCAUAUGUUCGUAAAUGCGCUGCGAAUGCUUUAUCAAAACUUAGUCCAAGGUGUGAUAUCGAGCAGCGACAAAUGCUUUUGGAGAUCAUGAAGAAUCUGUUGGAAGUCGAAACAUCAACGAUGGUUUUGACAAGUGUAUUAAUUGCUUUCGCAGAACUUUGUCCAGAAAGGUUGGAAUUCAUGCACAGUAGCUUCCGAAAGAUUUGCCACCUGCUGACGGAUAUGGACGAGUGGGGUCAAGUUGUGGUCAUCGACACCUUGGCAAGAUACUGCAGAGUGUUCUUCAAGGAACCAAAGGCUUGGAAGAACGGUACAGCAGAAAAGAUUGAUAGAGAAAGACGAGUUUCCCGAGUUACGCCGAAGGAAAGCCGAGUCAAAGCAGCUUCGAACUAUAUUGAUGAACCUGAGGAGACAGUGGAACAAGUGCAGCAAGGGUUGCCAUCCAAUUUACCGAAGAGGGUUCGACGUCGUGUUAUCAGAAAGGGGUUUUAUUCUGAUGAUGAGGACUCGAGUUCCGAAGAAGAGGUGUACGAGGGCCCGCUGGGAAACGCAACAUCCAUUGCUAGCGCUAUGCGACAACCUCCAAUUGUUGGAAUGUCCAAUGUAGAUCCUCCAAUUCAUAUCUCACCAGAUGCCAAGGAAGAUAUGGAAUUGGAUGAAGAUCAUCGAUUGCUCCUUGACUCUUCAAUGCCUUUGCUCAAGAGCCGAAACGCUGGAGUUGUUUUGAGCGUGUGCUCCUUACACUAUUACUGUGGAGUAUCAAGUGUCAAGGCGCGGUCAGCUAUCGGGCGAGCCUUAGUUCGUAUUCACAGAGAUCGGCGGGAAAUACAAUAUGUCGUUUUGACAUCAAUUCAGACCCUGGUUCAGGAAUGUCCUUCUGCUUUUGCGCCUUUUCUUCCCGACUUCUUUGUCAAGGCUCUUGAUCCUCCUUUUACUCGCCUUAUAAAGAUUGAUAUCUUGACAUCCUUGGCUUUGGAACCAGCAGCCAUCGAAGCCGUAUUGAAAGAGAUGCGUAUGUACAUUCGAAGUCCUGAUACCAAAUUUGUAUCCGCGUCCAUUCGGGCUGUCGGAAAGGUUGUAGAGCUCUCUCGGAUUAUUUACGAUCGAGAAGGUUUGAAGAGUGGAAAUUUUGCAGAAAGAAGGCGGGACGCAAAUCGGGUAGCUCUUGACUGCUUACACGGCUUGGCUCUAACGACACAGAACAGCGAAAGCCCCGCGGUUGUUGGCGAGGCCAUUUCUGUGAUGCAAAAUAUUUUGUUGAUUCUCACUGAUUCGUCAAUUGGUGUUUCCAAUGUGAACAUCGAUGAUCCAAAUGGAAUUCAAGGACACGUCCUUCGGCGCUCGUUAUUGCUACUCCUCAAGCGUCUAUCUAGCCGAGCAGUUAGAAACGUAUCAAAGGGCGACAUAGACGAUAGUGACGAAGAUAACAACGAAGAUGGGUCUCAGGUUGAGGACUUCGAUAUAACGCUUCCUGCGAAAGAUGCUGCGGCUGCAAUAUGGCUCACGGGGGAGUGGAUGACAAAUGCUUAUUAUUCGUCUAUAGAACUAAGGGGCUUGAAUGGUGAUGCUAAAGCACGAGCGCGGUUGGAAGUUGGUCGUAUGAUUGCUGGGUCAUUUCCAAAGCUUGAGGAGCCAGAAAAACAACAAGCAAUUCAUUUUGCUACGAAAGUCAUCCUCUCCAUUGCUUCCGGUACAAUUGCCGCUUUGUCAGCUGAAGUCGCUAUCUGCGAACACAUCCUAGCCAUGGGGCGUGUAGAUGUUGAUCCAGAUGUCAAAGACAGAGCACGGUUUGAGAGCUCUUUACUUCACGUAUCGAUUGGAUUAAAACACGAUAUGAGCGCAAUGGACACUCUACCAACUUUCAGAAAUUCAUUGAGUCUCCACCAAGCGAAGCAGGUUGUUUUGGACAAGAGACUUGUUCCCUCGUUUUUGCCUGUAAAUGAUCUGUCUAAAGGCAACGCAGCUAAAUUCCGGUUUGGAACACUAAGCAGCUUGGUUGGGCACAAAGCUCGAGAUGCAUAUAUUCCACUCCCGCCCUGGGGAGAAAAAAACAGUGCCAAAUCUCUUCGUGAUCAGAAUGAAGAUUUGUCAAAAGCAUUUGAUAGCAUGAAGCCAAAGUCUGCAAGUAAAAACGACGCACCAUCUGGUGACUUUUACAAUUCAGAUUCGAGCGAAUCUUCGAGCGGUUCAUCUUCGAGCGACUCGUCGUCGAGUGAAUGGUCGGGUAGUGAUAGCGAAGAGACGGGCUCAGAUUCAGAUAUGCAUGACCCUAAGAGCAACAAUCCAGGCACAUUUACAAAUGAAACAGCGUUGGGAGGGGGGCUGGUUCAAAUGGAAAACGUAGUCGGCACUUCUUUAGUUUCACAACCCCAAAGCAUGGAAUCGUUGUUCGCCAUAAAGAGCAGCAGUGAUGGCUCGUCCGACAGUGAUGGAUCGGAUUCAUCAACUUCUGAAUCGUCAUCAGGUGUCGAUACAGCUCCUAGCAUCAACUUGAACACACACAACGACCUUUUGAGCACACAAGUUGAUCUCCUUCGCAUGGGAAAUCACUCUUCCAACAUUGAUCGUCCAGCGCAAAUGCAGCCGACUGGAUCAGCCUCUGCUAUUGAUGAUUUGCGUGGUUUGGUCAUGGCUCCAAUAGCUGUACCAGAGUCAGCUGAUGAGACAAGCAGCGAGAGGGACACUAGCUCUUGGAUGCAGCUUGUGCGUCCAGAGUUGUGCGGUGGGCUCGCCGCGCGAGCUAGAUACCUACGUGGGAAGGCGAGAGAGCGCGAAGUGAAGUUAGCAGGUCUUGAUCCCGAUAGUUCUGCUGUCAUAUGUGUACAAAUUCAGUUCAAGAACAAGAAAAACGAUGAUGGCUCUCUCAGGAGAAUCAAGAUACUCCCUCGCUCGAGCUCGAAAGGAGGCAUCGCAAUCAAAAGAACUGUUUGUCCUCCAGAAAUUCCGGAGUUGAAGAAGGGCCAAAUGUCUACAGCUCACGUUUGUAUUCAGUUUACGUCUGCCUCGAACAGAGAAGGGGAUAUGGUUAUUCGACUGGAUAUCAAGUCUUCAAGUGGUGGAGUGCCAGUCGAAAUCAAACCUCAUGUUGGCGAACUGUUGCGACCGUGCAACAUGAAUGUGACCGAUUUUGAUUCCACACUAACUAAGAUGCAUGGCUUCCAGAGGGUUUCUGCAAGUUUUGCAAUUAGUUCAGGAAACGUUGAUGCUUUGAUUGCCGCUGUUUUCAAAGAGACUGCGUUGAAUCCCGUGGGCCCCGCAAAAUUCGACAACGGAAGGCUGCGCCUUGUUGCCCAACUUCCCGCAAGCAAUGACCUUGUACUAGGUUUGAUAGAGUGUGACAAGCUUACUGGUUCUGGACAAGUAACAACAUGCUGCGAUCAUGCUGUUGCAGGAAACAGUAUUUUGAGCACACUGAAGCAAACAACGACAAGACUUGGAUGA